UUUCCUGUCUGUUCCUCAGAGCGGGCGAGGACCUUCUGGGCCGAGGAGGACGUGGACCAGGUCUUCGACGGGAUCUUUGACUACCUGGAUCACCUGAGGAGAGUCCUGAAGAAGAACGCCGCCACGGAUAAAGAGUAUGUUCAGGGUCUGAAGCUGCUGGAGGCUCUGAACUCUCCGCUGGCCUCGGCUCAGGACUCCUCCGUGGUCCAGGUGGUCAUCGGAGCAGAUGAGUCCCAGCCGGCCUACAGCCCCCCCUCCCCCUUCCCUCCCUCUGGGGAGUCUUCGUGGUCGGCAGCGCCGCCUGGAGGCCGGGAGGAGGACCUGCAGCCCCCCCUCACCCCCAACCAGCUGCAGUACCAGCUGCACACCUGCACACAGUCGUGCCUGCCCAGUUUACCCAGCAUGCCUCAGUGCGGCGCCGCGUUCUGGGGCCAGAACCCGCUGAAGGUGCCGCUGCUCUGCGGCUUCAAGCGGCUGAGCGCCGUGCCGCUGAUGAUGUCAUCAGGAGGGGACGGGGACGCGGAGGCGGAGGAGUACGUGGAGGACUGGGACGUCGUCUACAAAACCCCGUGUGGGCUGAGCCUGCGUAACCAUGACGACGUGAUGCGUUUCCUGUUGGCCACAGAGAGCUACGACGUCAUGCAGGUGGACUUCUUCACCUUUAACCCGUGCGUGCGGUUGGACCCCCCCCAGGCGGCGGGCCCCCGGCGCCCCGAGAUGGACCUGAGCCGCGGCGUGGAACCAACGCCCGUGCAGCUGUGCCUCGGCGACGGCGGCGCCCGGCCCGCCGACUUCCGCUACAGGAAGGAGCGCUGGCCGCACGGCUGCUUCCUGAGCCGCGGCCCGGCGCUGUUCUCCGCCUGCUGCGACUGCACCGACGGCUGCAGCGACCCGCGGCGCUGCGCCUGCGCCGCCGCCACCCCGGGGGGGCGCCGCUACGCCCACCACCGGCUGGCCCAGCCCGUACCGCCAGGGUGA